AUGAAGAUUUUCCUCCGCGACAACUUCCAUCGUACUGUCACGUUCGAAGUCCCCGGAAAACUAUCCGCGCACGGAGACUACUCCAUUGGCUCCCUCGGGAUUCUGCCGUGCGCAUCCCUCGAGACUCUUACCAUCGAAAGGGCCUGGAAGAGCAUGAACGAUAUGUGGUCAAUCGUUCCACACGCGUCACAUCUCAAGAGGCUGAAGGUCACCUUCUCCCGCAUGCCCGCCGACGCCUUCCCUUGGGCCACUAUCCAUUUUUCAGCUCUUCAACACCUCUAUCUCUCCCUAGCAUACCCUAUACACGCGGCAUCAAACCUCGGCUUUAGGUCUGCCUUGCAGCGCAUGCAGUCCAUUCGCACGUUCGAGUUGCAUUGUGAUCAGUCGACGCCUACGCCCACGGAAGGACCCAUCGUCGUCCAGAAACACCCUUGCGUUUCCUGGAGACAACUGGAGCGUAUGGUGGUGUCGACUGAUUUUGUCACUGUCGCGUAUCUCGCUGGUCACAUUGCGGCCCCGGCUCCUGCCACCGUGCUCUUGAACGCCGUCGACAGCAUCGUGCUCGAUCCUGAGCUUGACUCAGGCCUCUUGCCAUUCCUCGAGAGACAUUCGGGCUCUUCGUCGAGGAAGCUGUGUAUACAGGACAUUUCGUUGUCGGGCAGUAACGCCUUGCUACUCUGGGUCUCAAGAGACGACGCUGAAUACCCUGAUGAGACCGGGAAAAGCAAGGAGCCUGCCGAGUUCUCCACGUACCUCCCGAUUGAGCUCAGCCCUGCUCUCCUCUCCCGACUGUUAUCAGCACUCAACCCCGGCAACAUACGGGAGGUUCGCAUACGUCUGGCCGCUGACCGCGCCUACACGCGCCCUUGGUUAUCAUGCAUCAACAUCCUUCCCAAUGUCACCCAUAUACGUUUUACGGCCGUGGAGUUCUCCAUUCGAACUAUUUGGAGCGCGUGCAGCUUAUCUGCUAUCGCUCUUCGUCAACUCCUUCUGCCAACCACGUCCUCCGGAGAAGGCAUUCUUCCGGCCUUUCGCCAGCUUGCUGAACUUGAUCUGACGAAUACGCCCACCACAGCGUUCGCUGGUCGAUGUUUGAAGUUAGGUCCGACAUUUCGUUCCAACGGCCUUCCGCCAACCUUUGCGGAUGUCCUUCUUGGUAUACUGAAGAGCCGGAGAGAGUCUGGGUUUCCCAUAGGCAAGGUACAGAUAUGUCGAUACCUCGACCUGUUAUCUGGCUUCGAGGAGGAGGUCCUGUGUUCCUUGCUUGAAUCUACCGAAGUAAACUGUUUGUACCCGCUCGAAUCUUGGUUUUCCACCACGAUCCUCCAGCGAAAUCAUAGACACAUAGACACAACCCACUCAUAG